AAAUCUGUCUGCCAAAUCCCUCGGCCAGAGAGCUGCUUUAGCCAGGACAACGUUAUGCGCUGUGCGUUCUCUUUAGGAGUGAAUGUAUUCAAUUCUCUAGUAGGUUUCUACAAACAAGGCAGGAAUUCGUAUGCUUUUUUUCAGUUGGGAAAGUUUUCGCUACUAGGUUAGAGAAGUACGCUCACUAAUGAAUCAAUCAAUUGUAGCUCGCUGCGAUACGCUUUGCUGUUAUUAAUCAGUCACGACCUACAGUGGGAUACGCGAGAUUAGAGACGAAUGAUGGAUGUUAAAAUGAGGGAGUUAAAUAAAAGAGAGAAAUGAAAAGACAAAGCUGAUCAUUGACGGACUUUACCGUGACGGUGUACGUCACAGCCGCGACCCAAGGCAGGGUGUGGUCGAGAUGUGAGGGGUCGUCAUGCCGCUGGUCAAAAGAAACAUCGAGCCACGCCACCUCUGCCAGGGCGCCUUGCCCGAGGGCAUCGGCGGGGAGCUGGAAUACGUCACCAACAACUCCCUGUCUGCCAUCAUCCGCCAGCUCAGCUGCCUCAGCAAACAUGCAGAGGACGUGUUCGGAGAGCUGUUCGACGAGGCCAACACCUUCUAUGUGCGCGCCAACUCCCUGCAGGACCGCGUCGACCGCCUGGCUGUCAAGGUCACCCAGCUGGACUCCAGCGUGGAGGAGGUGUCUCUUCAGGACAUCAACAUGAGGAAAGCGUUCAAGAGCUCCACCCUCCAGGACCAGCAGGUGGUGUCCAAGAGCACUACACCCACCUCCGUGGACCACCUGUACACCACCAGUGAACCGCCCCCGCCCCUUGGCGGCCUCAACGCCUUCAGAGAGGACAACGUGGAUGCCAUGAAGUUCUACACGGACCCGUCGUACUUCUUCGACCUGUGGAAGGAGAAGAUGCUGCAGGACACGGAGGAGAAGAAGAAGGAGAGGAGGAGGCUCAGAGAGCAGAAGCGCUUCGUGGACAGCAGCACGCUGCAGCGCGAGGCCAAGAAGGUGCGGAAGGCGGGGAACCGCCGGCAGGAGUGGAACAUGAUGGCGUUCGACAAGGAGCUCCGCCCGGACCCCCGCCGCGCCCAGAGCCUCCGGCGGGGGGGCUCGUUGGAGCGGUGUCUGUCCCCAGACGGCAGACGGGACCUCCCAGACUUCCCAGUGCCCCCCUGCCCGCCGCAUGCCAGCCAUCAUCCCAAGGGGCAUGGCUACGUGACGGCCAACCCCUCGCCCCCCGCAGAGCACGAGUACCAGAGCAUCGAAGCACACCCCGGGGGCGGGGCUCCGGGAUACUCCAAAAAACGAAGUCACUCAGCUGAGCCAAUCAACGGCUUCCCUCUGCCACCUGUGGACUACAAGUCAGCAGAGUUCCCUCCCAGCUCCAGAUACCCCCCCCCAGGUCCCUCCAUCCCCUCCACCCUGACUGCCUUCGCCUCUCCCGUGGGUGCUCUGCCCCCCACCCCUCACAUUGGCCCGGGCUACUCCCUCCCACCCAUACCUGCCCUGGGUAGUCGCAUGGCCGUGGUUCCACCCCCUCCCGGACCCCCGCCCCCUCCCCUCCCUCCGGCCCCUCCCCCCCACAUGGCGGGCUACGGUAAGGGAGGCUCGAUGGCGUCGGACUCCAAGCCUGGGGGAGACGCCAGGAGUGACCUGCUCUCAGCGAUACACAUGGGAAUCCAGCUGAAGCAGGUUCAGGAGCUUCAAGAGCAGCAGAACAAGCCGGUUGGGAACGACGUGGCGACCAUUCUGUCACGACGCAUCGCCGUAGAGUACAGCGACUCCGACGACGACUCAGAGCUCGAGGACAACGAUUGGUCGGAUUAACCCAUCAACUGAACCUUGGGGUCUAACAAUCUCGGAUCCAGCAAUUUGACAAUGCUAAAGCUGAACUUCUUGGGGAAACUCGUUGCAUGUAACACCCGUCUACAGAACCCAGCCCCCGGCAACAA